UGCCGACAAUAAGUGGGCGUGUCUUGUAAGAUAGCUAGCUAGCUAAAAAGAUGGCAGCUGAGUGCUCCUCCAAGAGUCACUGCUACAUUCUAAAGAAGACAACACAAGGAGAGAAAGACGUGACAGCUGGUCUCAACAGCGACAACAGUAACGACAAUGGCUACCACAAGAUCCUCAGUCUAAUGGGUAUAGAGAGGACCAAUGUGGAGGUGUCUAGAGGAGAGUUUGUGAAGCCUGUUCCAACUGCCAGCACUCCCUACACUCAAGCACACAAGUACCACAUCAUGAGGGACCCUACCAUCUCCUUCUCCUGUCCUCAAUCCAACGUAGCUGCUUUAACACUGCAAGAAUACGAGUUUCUAAACAGAUCCGAGGUUGUACCAGAAAGACGAUUUACUCUCUACGAAUACAUUCUCAAGGAGCCAGAGUUACUCGAAGCUAGCAAGAGAUAUAAUGUUAGCCAACCACCACCUCGGAAGAGGCCGGCCUCAUUUGCACCCAAAGUUGGAUCGACAGUGGUUGUAUCAGACUAUGGUCCGUACGCGUCUAGUUACUAUGGUGUUUUGAGAUGGAUUGGUCAGUUUGACGGACAAGAGGAGCAAAUGGCUGGAAUUGAGCUGGAGAAGGAUUUGAAGGGUUGCUCGGACGGUGUCACCAAGCGAGGGGUGAGGUACUUCAGAUGCCCCCCGGGUAGGGCCAUGUUCUACUCCUACCAAGGACUGCUGCCUGAUGACAGAGAGAGGGCUGAGCAGCCAGAUACCAGUGAGAGGUCACUGUCCCCGCUGGAAGACACCUAUGUUGAUGAGAAAGAGCAAUCUCGACAGAAACAUCUCGCAGAGAAAGCCAAGGCCGAGGAGGAAAGACAAGAAGCUACUGAUGGCGACAAAAAAUCCAAACAAAUGGAACACGAGAAAAAAGAACAAUUCAAAGCAAAACAAGAACAACAGGCUAAACUCAAAGCUAAGGAGAAAGCACUCGAUGGUGACCCCAAUCAUGAAGAUAUUGCUGCUCUAAGACAGCAGGUAAAGAAGCUUUCUCUACAACUGGAGCAGGAGAAAAGACGCAAACAAGAGCUCGAAAUGGAACUGGCUUUUGAGAGAAAGAAGAGCCUUGAUUUCAAGAGGGAGUCGGGAGCUAGCAGUCCUAACCAAGGGAUACAGUUGGCCUCUCUGAAGGGGGGAAUGGCUGACGACUGGCAGAUAAAGCGGAAUGAUGUCAUGCGAACACGGACACUAGGAGGGGGAGCGUGGGGCCUGGUGUACGAGGGCUGGUACAACGACCAUGCUGUGGCUAUCAAGGAGCCUCAUCUUGCCAUCAUGUCCGAGGAUACCAACAAACGAAUGGAGAGAGAGAUCAACAUCAUGGCUCUAGUGCAACACCCCAACCUGGUUAGAUUCAUUGGUGCUGUAAUGGACGAAGAUUCAAGGGCUUUAAAACUACCACCAUUGUUAGUAACAGAGCUGAUGGAUAUUGACCUACGAAGUGCCUACCAAAAGCAUGACCUAGGCUCUAGCAAGCUGUCAAUUUUCAGAGAUGUUGCGUAUGCCCUCCACUACCUCCACGAGCACCAGGAGCCCAUCAUCCACCGUGAUGUGAGUGCUCCCAACGUCCUCCUAGAGGCUCUACCUAACGAUAUGUGGCGUGCAAAAUUGACCGAUUUUGGAUCAGCCAAUAUCGCUAAAUUAUCGAAAACGGCCGCAGAAGGAGCCAUAAUCUACUCUGCCCCGGAAACCUUUCCUUCCUUAGACCCAAGGAGACCACUGCCUAAACAAACAACGAAGAUAGACACUUUCAGUUACGGUAUCCUCGUGUGUGAGGUCAUAACUUGUGAGCAGCCGAGCCCUGAGACGAGACAUCGUAUAAUAGCAGGUGUGAGGGAGAGCUGGCGGGCCAUGUAUGACCUGGUGGUGGAGUGUGUGCGAGAGAGGGCAGAGGCGAGGCUAACAAUGGCUCAGGUGCUCAAGGAACUCAACAGUAUCCCCAACAAUAAGACAAGAUACGGACGUGAUAUGUAACUGACUGUGCGUGUUUGUGUAUAUACCAGCACGUUAAAUUGACCUCACUAUAAUUAUUAUAAUUCAUAAUUAUUAUGCAAUUUCCACACGUCUAUGAUUAUGUUGCUGUCACGAUUUAUUAUGCCGUUGUCUAUAUACCCCAUUGGCUGAAAAAACAUUUGAUUGAUUAUGAA